UUUUAGAAUAUGUCUCCAGAACAAGGAAACAGUCGGUCUUUUUUCUCUUGAAACUGUAUAUUGAUACACGAAAGCCAUCAGCAACAUCAUUCAUCUGAGAGACAAUGUCAAACUUUGACCAAACUGUUACAACGGACACUGGCAUAGACACGAGGGCUCUUGGGUCAUCCCAAAAUGAACUUUCAAUCAUUAAGCUAGCCUUUGCACUGACCGUGCCUGGGAUGUUCAUAUUGUGCCUAGGCGUCAACUUCCUUUGCUACAAAUGGGGAGUGAAAAAAGGACGAUCGUCAUACAAAAAGCAAGCCAAGUCACCGGGCGAAACACAAGCGCUGGACUACCACCUAUACGAUGACGAAACCCCGUUGUCACAACUAAGAUCAGGUCCGUCUGGCGGUCCAGCCGGCGAUCCUGCCACCCACGACUAUGCAGCGUAUGAUGAAAUCAAAGAACAGCGACAGCGAAUCGCUGCUGGAUCUGAAAGGAAGAAAGAUGGUGGCUAUAUAACUCCCAUGGCGCAAGACCGACCACUUCCACCAGUUGGCGGCGGGGAUGGUAACGGGUACAUAUCUCCCAAGACAGCGCAAAAGCAACCGCAGAAAGGAAACGCGGGUAAAAACGGGGAUUCGCCUUCGCCUCCCGGAAACGGCGGGUAUCUAUCACCUCUAGAGGAAAGAAAACUGUCCUCUAAUAGCGAUUCUGGUUCAGACAAAUCGGACAAAUCCAGAAAAUACCAAAAUGAACCGGGUAAAAAGUCGCCAAAAUCAAAAGGUGUGUACGAGUCAAUCAAAGAUGCCGGGAUUACCCAAGAACACCAGUACAUAGAUCUACACACGACGGUAUCGUAAUGGCCUAGCUAUUCCUUAUAUUGCCGUUGAACUGGACACCUCGUCAAGGACCACAACGUGCAAGACCUAUGUCCAAAAUAAGCAAGUCCAGACAAGCCCCGGUAAUAUCAGUAAGAACUGCCAAGACCCCCCUACAACACAUGUGUUGUACGAAGAUCAAAGAUGUCGAGGAUACUAUGAAAAUAGGUAUAUGGAAUAGCAGGCAUAACUCCGUUCCGGUGGUUUUUCAUAAAUUUGUUCAUCCAUUUUAGAUAUGUUACUAAUACAUUUUUUUUAAUAUAUACAGAAACAUUGCUUUCAAUAUAUUUUGCAAUUUUACUGUUGUGUAUAAAGAUGUAUGCAUGCAUAUAAUCGAACUGUAAUCGAACUGUAUUAUGCAUAUGUUAAUUUAAAAUAAAUCUAUUUAAAAUACUCUGGAUUUUUUUCACAAUAUAUUCAAGUUAACCUUUUCCUGGUUUUUUUUUUAUUUUGUUUCCUUAUAGUUCCAUUUAUUUUUGUUUGUUUAAUUUUUUAACAAUUUAAGUUCCAGAUCAGUGACUAAUGAACAACGAAAAAAAUUUCAAGAUAUUAAAACUAGAUUUUGCAUACAUUGUUUAUGGUUUAAAGAAUUCUUUUUUGCCUCUAUGAGCGAUGAUCAAAGAAUAAAAGAUAACUUUUUUGCAAAUGAAAAUUAAUCUUACGAAUGCGUGUUUACUUGACUUUACAUCUCUAUUUGAAUUUUUUAUUCAUAUAUUUAUUGUCAUAACCCUUACGUAUUUGUAAUACUUUAUGAAAUAAACUAGUUAUAGUAAC